AUGACAUCAUUCGGAGGAGAUAGUGAGUCGCUUCAAUUAACGCUGUGGGAGCCAUUACGCUUUCGUAGUGAGAUUGAGGAGCAAACGCGUAGUGAGCAAACGCGUAAUGAUGAGGAAAACCAGCCGCCAAUACAACCACUGAUGGAGAAUCUGGAGUCGCCGUCACUGGGACUGAGACCCGAGGAGCUAAGAUGGUUUAGCGAGCAUCCUCAAUUCAAGCACUUCUGGAAUAUGUACAAGGCCAUGUAUUUGGAUACAACUCAUAAAACUCAGGGGUUGUGGACGCUCCUUCUACGCACAGCAAAGACAAACAAGAGGAGAGAGUGUUGGUUUGUUGUUAAUGGAGUUCCAAUUCGGUAUUCGCUUAAGGAACAUGCACUCAUAUCUGGAUUAGACUGCCAUGAUUAUCCAAAGAAUUAUGAGAAGAUGGGCAGUAGUGAUUUUAAGGAGAAGUAUUUUAAGAAAGGAACUGUCCCUGCACUUGCUGUUGUUAAAGAGAAGCUUGAAAAGAUGCGUGGUGGUCCUGAUCGCUUAAGAAUGUGUGUUUUGUACUUUCUAGCAAGCGUGUUAGGUGGUAAGGCUAAGACUGGUAAGGGAGCUCCCUCGGUAGACCCUUUAUUCUUGAGGAUGGUAGAAGAUCUCGAUGCGUGUAGAAGAUUUCCUUGGGGGAGGUAUUCAUUUGAUGCGAAUCUAAAGGAAAUUGAACAUACAUUGAGGCACUUCAAUGGGGUCGUCGAAACAGAUUCUUGGACAUUUCCUGGCUUUGUUACUCCCUUGGAGUUGCUACCUUUUGAAGCAAUACCUUGUCUGAAGGACAUAUACAGAGAAGAAGCUAAAGGAGCAGACAUAGAGUGUCCUCGGAUGUGUAAGACAAAGUUCAGACCAUUCACUCUCAAAGGAUUUCCUCUGUCGGACCUCUACAAAACACUCGGUAAUACCAAAGAUAUCCAGAGUAUCUUGGAACCAUCUGCUGAUGAGGAAGAUAUGUUAGCUGGUAUCAUGGAAAGGUAUGAAGACCCAGAUAACAGUGAUACAAUUCCUGAUACUUGGACGAGUCGUAUAAUUGAUGAUGGGAAGCCGAUAUUCUGGAAGGAUAUGAGCUUGGACGAUGAAAAAACCGAGUUGAACCAGUGA